CUGGACGAACAAUUUUCUUUUAAUAAGAGACUUUUUCGAUAGAAUGGUUUUACGGGAAAGUCAUGGAUGUGAACUACACAUGGCUAUACUCAAUCGAUCAUCACAACAGGUACGGGAUAUACUUUCCAACAAUCUUGCUGCUAUCAACGAGAAAGAUGCUUUUAGACGUUUACCAUUACAUUUGGCUGCUGUGAAUAAAAGAGUAGAUGUCAUCGACCAGUUGUUGGAAAAGAUGUCUGAAGAUUCAAUCAAUGUGAAAGAUGAACUGUUCGGUUGGAGUGCCUUAGAUUACGCUUUUGCCUAUCAUCAUGAGAGCUUCAUCAACACUCUUUUAGAGCAUCAGGCGACAGUUGAUGAGAAUACUUUGUUUGAACAAACACUUUCGAACAAUUUGAGUAGUUUAUUGGAUCAUGCACAUUUCUGUGGCGAAAGUUUAGAGGCACAUGAACAUACCAAAAUGACCGCGGAAAGCUUUCACCGAAGAGUGGUAGAGUAUUUGCUUAAUGCGAAACGACUUGAUAUAUUUGCGCCCUUGGAUGAUCUGAAGCACUCAUCGGUUGUGAAGUCAAUCAUUAAACGGAAUAUGUAUGGAUUGUUCGAACAAAUUGUAUUUAAAUCACGAAAGAGCAUUCCAGAAAACAAAUUCAUUGAGUUGUUUCAGGAAGCACUUAAGUAUCGAGCAUUCGAUAUUGCAACGAUUUUAUGGAAGACAUGGAAGGCAUGCACUGUGAUGCUGAAGUUGAUUGUGACGUUCCUUUCAUUGGUGAAAUAG